AUGUCGUCAAGUCGGUCUUCAAAUAGCGGUGUCGCAGCUUCAGGCGACGGAGGUCAGGAAAAGCAGAAGAUGCUCCUCUCGUCGGAGACGGGUCACUUUAGCUUGGUCAGGGCGUUGCAUCUUGCUGAUUUGGUGACCGAGCUGAAUGGAUUCUUCAUGUCCGUAUUCUCGUCGAUGCGAUAUUGUCUAGGAGACCCACAUGAUCACGGUGCUAUUUGGGCCGCUCUCGGUUUCAUGCCCUUUGGUUUAUUCUUCGAUUUUAUGGAUGGCAAAAUCGCGAGAUGGAGGAAGAAAUCGUCCCUCAUGGGACAGGAGCUUGAUUCUCUGGCGGACUUGAUCUCCUUCGGCCUUGCACCAGCCGCAUGCGCAUUCGCUCUUGGAGCCCGCACCCUCGUCGACCAUCUUCUGUUGGCAUUCUUCGUCCUUUGUGGCUUAACACGGUUGGCCCGAUUCAACGUUACCGUCGCCGUGCUUCCCAAGGAUAAGACCGGCAAGUCCAAGUACUUUGAAGGCACACCGAUCCCGACAACAUUGAGCAUCGCUUCGCUCAUGGCGUACUGGGUAUCUCAAGGUUGGAUUCUCGAGGAUCUUCCUCUUGGAAUCGCCGCUCAAGGCACGCCAUUUGAGUUUCACCCCGUCAUUCUGUUGUUUGUCUUGCACGGCUGCCUGAUGGUCAGCAAGUCGAUAAAGAUUCCCAAGCCCUAG